AUGGCGUACCAAUCCUCCAUCCUCAACCGCCCAUUGAGCGUAUACUCGAUCCCACCCCAGCUUCUCGAUUCCCUAUCCGUUCGCUCGAUCCAGAGCCAGGAAGAAGAAUCAGGCGAGACAGACAACAAUGCCGAGGUGCAGUCGUCAUCACAGCUUCCCGCAGUGGCGUCGAGCUCGGGGCUCGGGUGCCAGACAUGUCCUGGCGCAUCAUUCGACUUGCCGGAAGAUCAGCGCGCGCACUUCAAGACCGACUGGCACAGGUACAACGCCAAGGCCAAGUUAAACAACAGCAAGAUAGUAACGGCGGACGAGUUUGACAAUGUCGUUGAUGGUGUGUCCAGUAUCUCCGGGUCUGCCUCUGCGUCGUCUGCGUCGUCACAAGAUCGUAUCACGCGCCUACUGAAGAAGACCAAGGUCGUGGAUAAGGAGGAUGCCAUCGACUCUGAUGAGGAGGCCGAGCUAGCAGACCUGCGCCGCCGCGCACACCUUCGCACGGCCGUGAUCUGGUUCCAGGCGAAGAACACUCCGCCAGCACUGGGCGUUGAGCCCGACACCCAGAUCGGCGUGUACCGUGGCCUGUUCCCCUCGUAUGAGACCGCAGGCGACUACCUGAACGAGCUUAAGCGGUUGCAACUCGGCCCACCUGUGCCGGAGGACGAAGAACGGCGCGUCGCUCUCUUCAUGGUCGCUGGUGGCCACUUUGCGGGCAUGAUCAUCAGCCUGCGCCCGCGGGGGAAGAGCGAACGACAGGACGUCAAGGGCGCAGGCGAUGUGCGCGUUCUCCAGCACAAGACGUUCCACCGCUAUACGACCCGUCGCAAGCAGGGCGGUUCGCAGGGCCUGAACGACAAUGCCAAGUCGAAGGCCGUGUCCGCCGGUGCCAUGCUCCGCCGUUACGGCGAGCAGGCGCUGCAGGAGGAGAUCCGCGAACUUCUGUCCGAGUGGGAGGAGGACCUCGAGAUGUGCGAGCGCAUCUUCAUCCGCGCCAGUACGCACGGCAAGAAGAGCUUUUGGGGCUAUGACGGCGCAGUGCUCGGCAAGGCCGACCCCCGCAUCCGCUCGUUCCCGUUCCCUACCCGGCGUCCAACUCAGGACGAAGUCCUGCGCUGCUGGCACGAGCUAACGCGCGUCAAGGUGUCGCACCUGACCGCCGAGGCGCUCGCUGCGCAGGACGAGGAGUACAUGGCCUCUCUACAGCCGAAGAAGCAGGCCGUGGCAAAGCCAUCGCUGGCACCCGCCCCUGCACCAGCACCAGUACCGAAACUCUCGCCCGAGGAGGAAGCACGCCUGGACCGCGCAAAGCGCCUGGACGACAUGGUGCGCAAGGGCCGGGUCGACGCAUUGCGCACCUUUGCGACGCGCUAUCCCUCCGAAAUCACACCGGCGACAUUAGGAGUAGCCGCAUCGGUGGGACAGGAGGACGUUCUCCGCUUCCUUCUUCUUGAUUUGAAGUUGGACCCAACCACCCCUCUCGAGGGUGGGAAGUGCGCCUACGAUCUGUCCGCGAACAAGAACGUGCGAAAUCUCUUCCGCCGUAUCGCCUUUGACCACCCGUCCCUGUGGGACUGGCAGGCAGCGCACGUGCCCUCUGGACUGAGUGUGGAGGCUGAAGCAGAACAGGGUGCGCGUAAGGCGGAGCGCCGUCGCGGAUUACGCGAGAAGAUGAAGGAGCGCGAGAAGGCUCGCGCAGAGGUCGAGGCCGAGGAACCAGCACCGCCACCACCUCAGCCGUUCGCGUCGCUCGGCGUACCUCCACCCUCUACGGGCCCGCAAAAGCUUGGCGGGCGGCCUGACGCGUCCUCCGGUCUCGCUGGGCUGAGUCCGGAAAUGCGCGCGCAGAUUGAGCGCGAGCGUCGCGCUCGUGCCGCCGAAGCGCGGUUUAAGCAGGCCUAA